GUAACGGGUUAACCAAAUUGCCAUAAAAUAUUCUGUUUCCCAAAGUGUUUUACUACCUGACUUUGUUAUAUUUUUGGCAGGGUAAGUGGGUGUUUCCAGCAUCUCAUACAGGUCCGAAAAUCUAACGAUUUACUGCCAGAGAUUGUAGGAAGGUGGGAGUGAGCACACUUAUCCAUCAUUUAAAUGUUUUAAAAUAUGUAUCAUUACCGGGUAAAAUGAUCUACCCAUGAGCAAAAUAUGAGCGAUAUAUAAGACAGUUGAUACUGUUAGCACCUUCAGUCUGCUUUCAGCUUGCCUGCCGAUCACUGUUGACAAGCCAUGCCCGAAAAAGUGAACCACAUUAGUGCGGAAGUAUGGCGGGAAUGGAUUCUAGAGGCGAUUUCUUCUAUACUACAACAGAAGCAAAGUGCAACAUUUACUCGUAUAUGUGGUGCGAUACAAAAACGCCAUAUGUUUCACGAGGAUACGAUUGCCACGGAGUUGAAGAGAUUAAUAGAAAUUGGAGCGAUCAGGACACUUGUGCGGCGUGAAAAAAUCGGCUAUCGUGUGGUGAAACGAUCCGGCACACAAAGUCAACAGAUGCAGAGCACGGGAAAAUUGUAUCCACCAUCGAACAUACUUUGUAUCGAGUGUUUAAAAACGACACAGAAAGGACCGAAUGGACAUAAGCCGGAACCGAUGAGUUCGUGUGUACGAUGCGGGAUAUCGCUGCAUGAUAGUUGUGCGAACAGGGUGAGCAGUUAUGAAUCUUCGUUUUCUCUAUCCCAGCUAGUAUCGGCUGGAAAUCGGUGGUUUUGUGAAGAAUGCAAAACUUGUGAAGGAUGUAACACCAUGAAUGAGAGUGUCGGUCGUGUAGCGCAGUGCGUUAUCGAAUGUGCCAGUUGUGGUUGUAAGUUUCACUUACAAUGCAUGAACCCACCAGCUCGGAUUGGGGAACGGAAGUUGCAGGAACGUUGGAGCUGUGUGAACUGUAUACAGUACAAACGAUUCAAUAACUCACCUAAACAAAUAGAACAGUGUGGUGAAACCAUUGCCGAACUAAAACUAAACACCGAUCGCAACAAGCAACCGAUCGAAAAGGAGCUGAUUGAUGGACGUGUGGAGGCGAUGCGACUAAAGUUGGGUGAUCGAGUGACAGCAGACGAUCUGGACGUGUUCCGUGAGGUGCUUCGCAUGCGAUGCAAUCUGGAGAAGGACAAUCUUAAACGCACACCGGAAGCCAUACGGCUAGGACGGCACGAAAUCGAAACGUGGUACUCGAGUCCAUUUCCCCAAGAGUACGCUAAGCUGAAGGUGCUGUACAUGUGUGAGUUUUGCUUAAAGUACAUGAAGACAAACGACGAGCUCGAUCGGCAUCAGCGUAAAUGCAUGCUGCGACAUCCCCCCGGCUGGGAGAUCUAUCGUGAUGGUGAUGUCUCGGUGUUUGAAGUCGAUGGAAACGAUCAAAAGCUGUACUGUCAAAGUUUAUGCUUGUUGGCGAAAUUGUUCCUCGAUCACAAAACACUCUACUUUGAUGUGGAACCAUUCCUGUUCUACAUCUUAACGGUACGGGACGAGGUCGGUCAUCAUAUGGUGGGUUAUUUCUCGAAGGAAAAGUAUAAUCAGCUGCGCUACAAUGUAUCGUGCAUUCUUACGAUGCCUCAGUAUCAGCGGCAGGGUUAUGGUCGAUUUUUGAUUGAUUUCAGCUACAUGUUGAGUCGUGUGGAACGAAAGCCCGGAACGCCCGAACGUCCUCUGUCCGAUUUGGGUCGCGUGUCGUACCAUCAGUACUGGUGUUCGGUGUUACUUGCAUACUUUUACAUCGAACGCAACGAAACGUUGACGUUGGAUAAACUAUCCCAAGACACGGGUAUGAUCGUUAGCGAUAUUGUUACGGCACUGCGAAAGCUUGGUUUCAUCAGGUACAGGGUUGAGCAUGCGGGUUGUAUACGUACGAAUCGUCCGUUCAUCUGUGUUGAUUGGCGUCGAGUGGAGCAGCAUCAUCAACGGACAGUGACUUCGCGAAGAAUGAUUGAGUUGCGUGAAAUUUGUCUACGCUGGAUACCCAACAUGAGGUUGAGUAUUGCAAUGAAACAGUUUAUGAUUGAUUUGUGCAAUAAACGAAAAGAAAACAGCUCUCCGGUUUCGAUGCAACCGGAAAGCAGGAAGAGGAAGCGAUCAACCCAAUCACACCAGUCAAAGCAGGAUGAAAUAAGUGUUGUCCAAGCCAGUGAAAGAAGCACAAAUGUGUCAACAUCAACACAAUUAGAUAUUAAAACAGAACAAUCUUGUGAGGAACACGAUAUCACAGUAACAAGCACCGGCAGGACAAGAUUUCGUUCGAAAAAGUACAGAGGUACAGACUUCGAUUUAUCAUUAUCGAUUACUACUGGAACACCUAAAGCAUACCGAAAAUCCAACCCUCAACCAAACACGGUUCCAGUCGUUAAAACCCGAAACUUGUUGCAGAACUCAUGUGCUGUCAAGGUUAAGUUACCGUUCAUUGUUUUGGUACCUUUGAAGAUUGAAACUAACGAGCGAUCAUUGUUGCUACCGAGCCGAACACCAACAUUCGACGUUGAGGACAUUUCCCUGGACAGUGUGGAAGCGUUUAUGGGCACACCGAAAAGUGAGCUUCAAAAAUCGUCGCCGGAGAAAAACUUUGGACCGGGGUUUACACCGAUCGCACCAUUUCGACGACAGGAUAACGAUGAUAGUCGAACGAUAGAUCGACCGAUAGCAACGGUUGAUGAAACUAGAGGUCUUUUCUGCACUCCGAAAACAACCCGCGGACGCAAUGCAAUCGGUCGUCGUAAGCGAAUGAUCAGCUUUGAGUCGCUGUCCGAGGAAACAAAUCCCAAACGUUUGCGGUUGAACGUCACGGAAGAGUCUGUACGACGAUCAGAAGUUCCCGAAUUGUGCCUAAAGGAAGCUGUCCACGAUAACAUGCAGAUCAAGCUGUGUGAAGAAAAGGUAAAAUGCCUCGAGAUGGAUCGAUCUACGGGUAGAAACAGAGCAAGUGUAGAUGGGGCCUGUGUAAAGCCGAAUAAAAUGCUAGCUUCGUUGGGUAGACCACUACCCAGAACCAUUUAGUGCUAGUGUAAUGAAAGCGUUACAUUUAGGUUUUUCUCAUAAUUCUACCUACAUGCAAGGAAUGGAUUGAUGUUGAAUAUGGCAAUAGAAGUUCCACGCAAAGGUACAAAAUGUGAAAGGGGAAAAUAUAUACCUGUAAAAUGUAAAAAAAAAACACCACACCCAUGAGCAUUACAAAUAAAUUUCUGCCCUUCCUACCUGCCCCAUCCUUCGUCCACCAGGUUCCGGCCCCAAAACACUGCCCCUUCGGCGGGGGGUUGUCAUUUCCGAGAUCAAUUUUUCAUUGGCACGUUGGUUUUCUUUAUAUCGAGCUUCUUGGCAACGCAUGAUUCGUUCUAGAAGGUUUUUGCCGUGCGUGAAUAUAGUGCCCGGUUUCCAUGUUCCGGCACUGCAUCGCAAAUGGCUGUUGCCAACCUGUGCACUCACAAACAAACACACGCGCGCGCGCCAUUCAUUUCCGGACCCAUGCAGACAUUGCAAAGCGUCGUGAUGGCGCCCUUUUCAAGGUUUAGACAAAUGGACGGACAUACUUUUUGCAGGGAACGAUAAUGUGUACAGAAGCACACGUACACAGAGUUCGCUAUUUGUUCUGGUUUGUCAGUGUGCCAGCCAAGUGUCAGCAAUAGUUUAUGGACUGCGGUAGUGAAAAAUCGAAAAUCUACUCGCUUCACUCAUUUUUUUUAAUCUAGAUUUGCAAUCUCCCCGUCGUGUGCUUUAUGAGAAUUUGUUCACUGAUAGCAAUGCGCUUAAUUCUGGGCUCGGGUUUUUAUUCUUCCUUGUUCCCCUUCGUACACUGGCAAUCGCUCAAUGCCACUCGGCGUAACAUGUGCAAUCAUCCGAUGUUCACGUUCAAUGUCAACGUUUAAAUUUUUUCAAAAUAAUCGAAAAAAUUAAAUUGAACUUAAAAAAAAGAAACAGAAAAGGAGUGAUUGUAUUUGGUGUUGUCCUUCAACGAACGCUUAAGUUUAAGAGAAAAAAAAUACCACAGCAAAAAACUUUCCACCAAAGGCAUCCACGGCAGCAGUAACGUCGCGGCAGGCUAGCAAAGUGGUUUCAAUCUUCCGCAGGGUCGGAAAGGAAUGACCGUCUAAUUGCAUUAAGAUGCCAUCCCCGCUUGGAUAUAUUGUUUUCUUUUUUUUUGUUGUAUUCAUCUUCUUCUUGUUGCUCACGGCAAAACCACUUGGUGGGAAAAAUUGGAUCGGGACAAGACCUAAGAUAAGGACCGCUUUCGCUUCGUAAUGAAACCAUCAGGUUGGAGAGGAUGGAAUAGCUCAAGUAAGGGAAACAUCCCGUUCAUAACGUUUUGCCACGGGAAGCGAAAGGAAUAUUCACCAAAGCGGGUUUCGGGACAUAAUGUGUAUGGGUAUGUGUGUGUGUGGGUGUGUGUGGGUGUAUAAAAGUGUGGAAAACGGAAACGCCAACAGCUAUUAUAAAAGAGCGCACCAAUGUAAUUCAAGGGCCGCUGGAUAGCGGAUAUCGAUUUUAACUUCUUUUUAUCACGCGAAAGGGAAACGCAAGUGGAAAUACACAAAUGGAGGAAAUUGUAAGGGAUGAUAAUAUUUUCCCGUUGUCUGAAAUUUGGUAUUUUUUCGUAUCUUCAUAAUUUUUUUCUUCUCCUUAGUAACAUGAGUUGGGUGAUUUUUUGAGGGAGGAAGAUCCUUCACUGCCCUGGCCGCUUUGGCAAGUGUGCAGGCUGGUUGCUAAAGCGGUUCCUAAUAUGGUGAAAUGCUUUCAAUUAAUCAUAUGGCGGGUGUGAAAAGUGUUUUUUCCUUCCGGGUCCGGUUGGUCAAAUCGGCUGCUGUGUUGAUGUCGAUGUAAUUAGUGCACUGGUGGUGCUACCUCCACAUCCGAUCAUAUCAUAUCGAUUGACGCUAACGACAAUAGAAUGAGCAGUAGAUGUUUCGCUUUGCGCUCGAAUCAAUAGCAAACCGUAUCGAGAUUGCAAGUUUACUAUAUAAUAUGAGUCGGAAUUAUCAGUUUCUCAUUAUCAGAUUUAGAAAGAAGAUGUGUAGAACUGAACGGAGAAAAUAAAGAACUAGCACAAUUUGAA